AUGGCUACAGUAUCGCGACAGGACGCAGAACGACAGGUUCGCGAAUGGGGGUUCCCUUGCGUUUAUACUUGGACUGAUACUCCUAAUUACCACUAUCAUCCCCAUUCUCACUCUGGAUUGACAACUCAUUUGAUUCUGUCCGGCCAAUUCACUGUGGCCUAUCCGAAGGAUGACCUAAACGGAACCAAGGAAACCUUCGGGCCAGGGGCACGUGUUGAUGUACCUGGCGGAAAAGUCCACGAAGUAUGGAUUGGGGACGAGGGAUGCACAUAUGUCAUCGGUGAAUGA